ACAAAAUUAAAAACAGAAAAAUGAAGAUGACUUUGAUAGCAUUGCUCCUUUUGGUUGCCUUGAGCACCAAGGCACUACUUGGUGCAGCUGGUCCUGCACCUGAGCAAGUGCUGGACACAUCAGGGAAGAUGGUUCGAGCUCGUACAAGUUACUACAUCGUUCCUGCUUCCCCCGAUGUAGGUGGCCUUGCUAUGGCAAGCACAGGUGAAGAUUGCCCACUUGAUGUUGUAGCUGUUGAUGGUUAUCAAGGCCAGCCUUUGAUCUUUACACCUGUUAAUGUUAACAAAGGUGUCAUUCGUGUUUCCACUGAUCUCAACAUCUAUUUCCCCAUUGACACAAGUUGUCCACUCACCAAAGCGUGGAAGCUUAAGGACUAUGAUAAUUCAACAUCACAGUGGUUUGUCACUACUGGUGGUGAUUUCGGCAACCCCGGUUCGCAAACCCUGGCGAAUUGGUUCAAGAUUGAGAAGUAUGAGGAUGCUUACAAGUUGGUGUACUGUCCAAGUGUGUGCAAGGAUUGCAGUUAUCCAUGCAGUGACAUUGGAAUAUACCAGGAUCAAUAUGGCAAGCGUCUUGCUCUAAGUUCUGAACCAUACAGAGUGAAGUUCCAGCGGGCUUAUUGAAUAUCUAAACUAAAGCUUAAUGAAUUACUUUGUGCUUUUUCUGCAUGGUUUCUCAUGUUGAGUUACUUUCUAUUUCGAGUCUUUUUUAAAUUUGUAGUUUCUGUUCAUCUUUGUCAUUAUUAAUUUGCAAUUGGCAUAUUCGUGAUUUACAAUGGAGAGUUAUAACUUACAAAGGUGCUUCA